AUGUUGCACGGUACCGCAGCCGCAGCCCCACUCGCCCCAAGUAGCAAGAAAGAACGAGACAAACGAGGGCGAUUCCCAACAUUAUCAGACGGACCUCCAGGAAUUAGCCCAGAUCAAGUCCAACGGCGUUCUUUGCCAAUUCUACAAUCCAUACACGAAACUUUAGCACGACGAUCACCUCAACAUCCACGACGUGUGAUUUACGUACUCCAUCGACCGAUAUUUCUCAGAAAAGGUCGAGUUGUUAAAGCUCCGCAGUACUAUCCUGAAGAAAGCUUGUCACAAGUUAAUGAAGUACAAGAAUACGGAGACCAGGGGGGCUUCAUGCCCUCAGCAGCUCCAGCCCAGGAAAUGCCCUAUGCACCGCCUACACCCGCAUUUAGUGGUGGACGUGGGUCGUCAGGAUCGUCAUAUAGUGCACCUGGUUCGCAAUUCGGUUCCUCCAGCUCACAAUAUGGUCAAUCUAGCCAGCAGUAUUCGGGAGGGCAAGAAUACGGAUCUCAGAGAGGCUCCAUGCCCUCAGCAGCUGCAGCUCAGGAAGCCCCCUAUGCUCCACCGACUCCACAAUUUAGUGCACCUUCCGCUCCGUCUAGCUCUUCUUACAGUCAACCUGGUUCUUCCUUCACUCCUGCCAGUUCACGAUUCAGCACACCUAGUGCUCAAUAUGGUGGAUCUGGCUCGACAGUUACAGUCCAAGAAAUGCCCUAUGCGCCCCCUACACCCGCGUUCGGUGGUGCGCGUGGCCCGUCAGGAGCUCCAUAUGCGCCUCCUACACCCGCGUUCGGUGGUGCGCGUGGCCCGUCAGGACCGUCAUAUGGUUCAUCUGGCUCGGCAGUCACAGCCCAGGAAGCUCCAUAUGCGCCUCCUACACCCGCAUUCAGGUGGUGCGCGUGGCCCGUCAGGCCGUCAUAUGGUUCAUCUGGCUCGGCAGCCACAGCCCAGGAAGCGCCAUAUGCGCCUCCUACACCCGCGUUCGGUGGUGCGCGUGGCCCGUCAGGACCGUCAUAUAUAGCGCUCCUGGUUCGCAAUUGCAGUAUACUGAAGAGGGUUCCAUGCCCUCAGCAGUCCCCGUCCAGGAAACUCCCUAUGCUCCUCCGACUCCACAGCUUGCUGGACGGUCAAUUUGGCCAAGGUGGUCAGGGGCAGGGUACGGCCAAUCUUUCAUGCCGGAAGUCCCACAAGAGGUGA